AUGGCUACCUACGAGAGAAUUGAGGAGUUCAAAACCAUCCCUGCGCCGUCCGGGGAAAUCACACCUGGUGACAUCGUUGCUGUCAACCACGACCGCUAUGGUCGCAAGGAGGGUCUCGUCGUCGGUUCUUUCACAGACAGCCUUGGCCGUCAAAUUCUCGAAGUCCAACUCGAGGCUGGCGAGAUGUACCGAGCAUGGUAUCCCACCGUCACCCGCGUGAAGCGCACUAUCACAUAUUCAAGACCUGUCACGAAGCAGCGCACCGUCGAGCGGCAAAUCUACUGGUGA